CGUUCGUUGUCGUAUUCCGGAAUGGAGAUUAAUGAGGCAAAUUUGGCUGAAUUGUUGGGUCAUCUACAGAAGACUCUUUCACCUGAUGGAGCUACAAGAAAGUCAGCUGAGAAAUGUCUUGAAAGUAUUGAAGGCAAACAAAACUAUCCCCUAUUGCUUUUAAAUUUGGUGGAUAAGGAUGGUGUUGACAUGACACUGAGAGUAGCUGGAGCUGUCACAUUCAAAAAUUAUGUAAAACGUAAUUGGAAAGUUGAAGAAGAUGCUGUAGAUAAAAUCCACCACUCUGAUAGAGAGACUGUCAAACAGUUUAUCAUCAGUUUAAUGCUCAAAGCCCCAGAAUCGAUCCAACGUCAGCUAAGCGAUGCUGUUUCGAUAAUUGGUCGGGAAGAUUUUCCAGCAAAGUGGCCUAAUCUCAUCCAAGAAAUGGUCGAAAAGUUCGGGACAGGCGAUUUUCACAUCAUCAACGGUGUCCUACACACAGCUCAUUCAAUCUUUAAACGUUAUCGCUAUGAAUUCAAGUCGCAAGAAUUGUGGACUGAGAUUAAAUUGGUCUUAGACAAUUUUGCCAAGCCGUUGACGGACCUUUUUAUUACAAUGAUGGGUCUGGCUGCUCAGCAUGCAACUAACCCAGCAGCCGUCAAAGUCAUCUACAACUCGUUGACCAUCAUCUGCAAGAUUUUCUAUUCGUUGAAUUUCCAAGACCUUCCUGAGCAUUUCGAGGACCAUAUGAAAACGUGGAUGGAUAACUUCCUUGCUUUACUCACAGCCGAUAAUCCUUUACUGAAAAGCGACAGCGAUGAAGAAGCUGGACUGGGUGAGCAAUUAAAGUCACAAAUCUGUGACAAUAUCAGUCUGUACGCCUCAAAGUACGAUGAAGAAUUUCGACCCUAUUUACCCCAGUUUGUCACAGCUGUCUGGAACUUGCUAGUCACCACAGGAAAGGAGGUCAAGUACGAUUCACUCGUCAGCAAUGCAAUAGGUUUUUUGAGUUCGGUUGCUGAGAGACCGCAUUACAAGGACCUAUUUGCCGACCCCAACAUUCUGAGUUCAAUUUGCGAGAAAGUCAUAUUACCCAACAUGGAUUUCCGUCCAUCUGAUGAAGAACUUUUUGAAGAUAACCCGGAAGAGUAUAUUCGCCGCGACAUUGAAGGUUCUGAUGUCGACACACGUCGACGGGCAGCUUGUGAUCUAGUCAGAGCCCUUUCAAAAUCCUUUGAGGCACAAAUGACGGCAAUUUUUGGUCAAUAUGUUACCGCUAUGCUGGAGUCUUACAGCCAGAACCCAGAAAAGAACUGGAGAUCCAAGGAUUCGGCUAUUUACCUGAUUAUUGCACUGGCCUCUAAAGGUCAAACGGCGAAACAUGGCACGACACAAACCAACCAGUUGGUGGAUCUAGUGGAUUUUUACCGUACACAAAUCGUGCCCGAAUUGCAGCAGCCGAAUGUAGAUCGACUUCUGGUGUUGAAAGCUGACGCCAUAAAGUACUUGAUGACUUUCCGUAACCAUUUGCCCCGCGAGGCCAUCCUCGUCUCGCUGAAGCCGUUAGUGGACUUACUGCGAUCACCAAGCCUCGUGGUUCAUUCUUACGCAGCCAAUGCCAUCGAUAAAUUGCUAAUUCUCAAAGGGCCAGAUGGCUCGGCUCUGAUAAAAGCUGCAGAUUUAUCUGGAAUGGAGCAAGCAUUGUUGGCAAAUCUAUUUUACGCCAUGACUCUACCAGGAUCGGAAGAGAACGAAUACAUUAUGAAGGCCAUCAUGCGAACCUUUUCGUCUCUUCAAGAGGCCGUUUUACCUUAUCUUGGCCAGACGUUAGUUGGCCUCAAUCAUAAACUUAUGUUGGUCUCCCGGAACCCAUCGAAACCACAUUUCAACCACUACCUGUUUGAAACUCUUUCGUUGUCGGUUCGCAUCGGUUGCAAAGCUGAUAGAUCUGCUGUGGCUUCCUUUGAAGAAGGAUUCUUUCCGUCAUUUCAAGAGAUAUUAUUGCAGGACGUGCAAGAAUUCGUCCCGUAUGUUUUCCAAAUUUUAUCCCUCAUGCUAGAGUUGCGUGGUGGGCAAUCCGAAGUGCCUGAAUCUUACAUGGCUCUGUUUCCUCAUCUGCUGGUACCCGUUCUAUGGGAACGACCUGCCAAUAUUCACCCACUUGUACGUCUUCUUCAGGCAUUUAUCCAAAUUGGGAGUCGCCAAGUGGUCGCAUCGCAAAAGAUGGAAGCGUUGUUGGGUAUCUUCCAAAAGCUGGUAGCCAGCAAAUCCAAUGAUCAUGAAGGUUUUUACUUGCUACAAAGCAUGAUAGAGUAUUUACCCAAAGAGGCAUUGUCGCCUUUCUUGAACAAAUUGUUUGUUCUACUAUUCCAGCGACUUUCAUCUUCAAAAACCACCAAAUACGUUAAAUCAGUUCUUGUCUUCUUCUCCCUCUUUGCCAUACGUUAUGGUACAUCUGAGUUGAUUGCCAUCAUCGACGCUGUUCAACCGAAGCUCUUUGCCAUGGUACUCGAACGUCUCGUUGUACCCGAAGUGCAACGUGUUUCGGGCACUUUGGAACGAAAAAUUUGCGCUGUUGGACUUACCCGUCUUCUUUGCGACACUCCAGAAUGCUUUACUGGAACUUAUAGUAGCUUUUGGGGCCACGUGCUGGGUUCACUCAUUGGGUUAUUCGAACUACCCGAGGAUGAGUCAGUGCCGGAAGAUGAACAUUUUGUUGAAAUCGUGGACACACCUGGCUACCAAUCAGCUUUUUCUCAAUUGGUGUUUGUCGGUAAAAAGGAGCGUGAUCCAGUCGCUGAAGUAGCCGAUCCGCGUGCUUAUUUCAUUCAAUCUUUGCAUAGAUUAUCAACGCAGCAUCCGGGAAGAAUUGCACCCAUGUUAAGUGUCGCUCUGCCACCGCAGGCACAAAAUUAUAUUCAACAGUACCUUCAGGCAGCAAACUUGAGUCUGGCUUAAUAUGUUGUCUUAUCUCUCAAUUGGUCUUCUGCUUUAUCAUUGUUUUU